GAAAAUAGUCAAAUGCUUACAAUGUAGAUGUGCUAUAUAGUUAUGAUAAAAGCUGGAUAGCGAUACUUCAGUGUCAAAUUGUCACAAGACCUGGUGUACUGCUACAGGUGAGCCGAGCUGGAUAUUCCUAGGUAAAUUGAAAUUGCCAUGGCAGAUGUUUGUGGAUACUGCGGCCUUAAAGCAUUGGGUCUACCCCAGUGUUCGGGGUGUAAACACAUACACUACUGUUCUAAUGAGUGUCAACGAAAAGACUGGAAAGGUCAGCAUAGGGUCAAAUGUAAAGAGAUACAGCGUCAAGUACAAAAGGAAAACAACACACCAAUGACGCGGAAACAGCCAAUACUGAAGAAAGACAAUGGCUACAGAGCAAACGCACUUACUCAAAACAUUCAUCAACGACAAGGUGGAAAUAAAGAAACCGGAAGACGAAAUUGCCGGAAGUGUGUCGAAUGUGGCAAAAUAAUAUCAACUACGCAGAAAUGCAGUCGUUGUAAGAAAAUUGAUUACUGUUCAAACACGUGUCUAAGUAAAAAUUGGAGUGAACACAAGUUGUAUUGUACUUCUCCAGAGGAGGAAAACUACGUUACCAUCACAACGGAUGGAUUCCGGCGAGAGGAAGCCUUUGCAUCGAGGGUAUGCAGACGAGUCGGAUUUCAACAGGCGGAGAGUCUAAGUCGGAGGACGUUUGAGAGAUCAACUCCCAUGUACUUUAUCCAAGAUAUACCGCGAUGUAUGGGCUGGAUACGGAGAAAGCGUGCAUCUGGGGUUUUUGUUGGUUUUAUAUCAAGAAUGCACAAGCGAAUAUCCAAAUCCAUAUACUUGCAGGAUGAAACUGGAGACGAAGUACAGGUGAUAUUUGCUCUUGAGAGAGGGGUCAAACAGUCUAACUUCCGGUGGGAUGACGUAGUUCCGGGUCGGUACCUGUGUAUUAAGGAUCCAUCCAUUGACCAUUUCUCUGGAUUGAUGCUAGUAAGCGAUGCUUCCACAGUUCGCGUUUUCCGUGUUUAGCUGAUUACUAGAGGUAGUUGUUAUUUAUUUGAAGGACAGACUUUUGUACGACAAACGACUGAAAAGUCGCACAUAAUUAUGAUGUCGAUAUUUAUCAGUAAAUGUGACUGGUAGAAAUGAACUACAAAAUGUGCAUAUAUUAAUUUAUCCCAAAAUGUUGUUAUUGAAAACUAGCUUAAAAUGCUGUUAUCAGAAAAUUUUCGACGAAAUGUUAUUUUUGAUAUUUACCUCAGAAUGACGUUAUCAAAGGGGUGAUAUAGAUCAAGGAUACUGUUUGUUGUCAAUUUUGAACCUCAUAAUAACUAUUGUUUUCUGAAUGUAUUUUAUAAAUCAUCUGUUCUCCACAACGAAAUCACAUACAUAACAAGAUAAAUGGAAAGAUUUAUUCGAAAACCUGUGAAAAACGAAUGAGACCAGGUGUUCCGAGGCGAUAAACAUCUCCUCGACCAACAACAACUACUACAACAGUCAUGUUAGUCGAGGUCAGAUCAAUGUGACGUCACGUUCUCAUAAAUAACAUGGGUCCGUGUAACACUUAACAAUUCAAACCUGGAAAGCUUGAGACUCGAUGUAGAAGCUUCCAACUUCCCCAAACAUAUGGCAUGUGAUCAUAUUGCAAUUGUACGUAUACCUUUCAAAAGCAAGGUAAAUAUAACCAUAAGAUUCUUACAAAGUUUCACACAUCAUACAUUUUGUGUCAUGUCAACUUUUGUUUGCUUUAAACAAUUAAAUACCAUAUAAUUUAAGAGUUAUCAACCCCCUUUUCAGGUGAAUACGAGGAUUUAUUAAACCUGAGAGAGGUUUUCCCUCGGCCUCCGGUUGAUAAUUAAUAAUUGAUAAAUCCUCGUGUUAACCUGAUAAAAGGUUGAUAGUUGUAUAAUAUUGAAGGUAUUGAGUAUAUGAAGAGGCGACCGACGUCUUGAAAUUGAAAUAUGGCCAAACAAUGUGAUGUCAGACAUACUAUCCUUAUUUUCCUGGGAUGGAUUUCAAAGGAAAUGAAUGUGCAUUGUAUUAGUGGGAUUGAAAUACAUUGUAAUUGUGUGUUUAUUCUAAAUUAAUUUCAUGUGUACAUAUAGAUGUGUGAUAUUAGAAUAAUUCUGAUUGCUAAUUUGUAGUAUAUCCUAAUGUAACAACAUUCAUCUUACUCUUAGAUCUCUAGUUAUGUCUUUCUUCCUGUCAUUCUUCUUUGCUUUAAUUUCUUUAUAAUCAUUAUAAGUAUACUGUGUCGCUAUCACAAUCUUUGUGAUAUAUAAAUAUGUGGGAGGAAUUUUAUAAGUUGUUAAAACUUGUGCCAAACCGAUUGUGUCUAAACAUUAAAAUAUGUUCAUAUAAGAAGAAAUAUCAAUGCAUUGAGUUGAGAUAAAACACAUUUAUUACAUUUUUACCAGUGAAAUAUCAAAAAUUAUUCAUUCUAUAAAAGUGAUA